GGAGCUCCGGAGCUUUCGUGCGGCGCUGCCACAUUGGCUCCGACUAUGGGCGGGGCCUCAGUGUUGGGUUCUAGGCGCUUGCGCAGCCGGCUCUGACCUGCCAGAACACACGUCUUUUUCCGGGGGCGCGCGUGCCAGUGCGUAAGCGUGCGCGUUCUUGCUGCCGCCAGUGUUGCUUCCGCCGUCCUCUGCCGCUGCUACGGCUGUCGCCGCCCGGGAUCCUCAGGCCGAGCAGUAGGCCGGCCGGCUGCCCACCACUGCCCCGGGACGGAAAGCGGAGCCGCGGAACCGGUGGACCGGCGGGCGUGCNGACAGACUAACCUAACAUGGCCGACCAGAGGCAGCGCUCACUCUCUACUUCCGGGGAAUCAUUAUACCAUGUUCUUGGACUGGACAAGAAUGCAACCUCAGAUGACAUUAAAAAGUCCUAUCGGAAGCUGGCCCUGAAGUAUCACCCUGACAAGAACCCUGAUAACCCAGAGGCUGCAGACAAGUUUAAGGAGAUUAACAACGCACACGCCAUCCUGACAGACGCCACGAAAAGAAACAUUUAUGACAAGUAUGGCUCGCUGGGGCUCUAUGUGGCAGAGCAGUUUGGGGAGGAGAACGUCAACACCUACUUCGUACUCUCCAGCUGGUGGGCCAAGGCGCUGUUUGUUGUUUGUGGCCUCCUCACCUGCUGCUACUGCUGCUGCUGUUUGUGCUGUUGCUUUAACUGCUGCUGUGGGAAAUGCAAGCCCAAAGCACCUGAGGGUGAGGAGACAGAAUUCUACGUAUCCCCUGAAGACUUGGAGGCACAGCUGCAGUCUGAUGAAAGGGAGGCUACAGACACACCGAUCGUCAUACAGCCAGCAUCCGCCACAGAGACCACCCAGCUGACAGCUGACUCCCACCCCAGCUAUCACACCGACGGGUUCAACUAAAUUCAGGAGAGGCUGUGAUUAGAGGAUGAAUCAGCAUCUGGCCACUGCAACCUUAGAAUCAUGAACUGUAGUCACUGAGAUGGGAAGGCAGCCGUCAACCUGACCUGCUGUCAGGGCCACUCCCACCUCCUCUAAGUCCACCCAUCUGUCAAUCCUUGAUACAUGAAGUGCGUAGCAUGCAGUAUUUAAAGCAGUGUAGCUACGGUCUUCUUCUGUUUUAUCCUUUUUUUAAUAGCAUGUAUGGGUUAUGUUCAAUGUCUGUGUUGUGGACGUGCUGCAGCUGGGCUGAAUUAACUGGAUGGUAGUGCUUUUUUGGGUUUUCAGCCAAGUGGGUCCAGUGAAGGUUCAGCUGUCUCCUUGUGCUUACAGGAGUCAGGUAAGCACCUGGAGCUACAUCUCCUUGUUGGCCUCUGUGUCCUGUGAUAUGGUCUAGUCCAUGGCUCUGAUCUCAUCCUCAAGGCUGCAGACAGGGCUCUGAUUUCACCUGCAAAGGAGGGAACUGGGCCCCGUCUUCCAGGCACCACCAGCAUCAGUCGUUUGCACGGUGUUCGUGUUGGGAAGCUUUCAUAGGGUCUCUGCAUCAUCUCACUCGGCCUCGUGACAGUUUUCCUGUUAGAUCUGCUAUGGAGAGUGCAGGUAUGCCCCUUCUGAAAGUGGGAGCACACUCUAUGUAAUGUCACUAUCUUGGGUCUCCUGGCCUUGUGGACUGAAAUCCUAUCAUUGGAGGCAUGUCUCUUGCUGGUGUGUGGGAAAUCAUUUGUCUCUGUUCUGCACCUUUCCAGGUCAAAAGCUGGAUUGACGGGGCCACAGCCUCCUUCCCUCAUUCCUGGGUCAUCUUCCACAUUCCUUCAAGCCAACCUUUUAAUCUUUUUUGGACUUUUAAGAACCACAAAUGGCAGCACCUGCCACUUAGUCAUAGUCAGAAAGUCUCUUGAGUCCAGUUGUGGGUGGCAUGCAGCUGCUUAUGCAGAGUCUGAGUGCCCAGGCUCCAGAACCUCCUCCCUGUGCUUGCCAGUGCCCCAUCCCCUGCUUGCCUUCGCUUCCACCUGUCACCAUCAAUGCCUCUGGCAGCUGGAGUGUUGGGUUCCUGGAGCAGGUGGCUGGACCCUGGUGCUCCUGGCUCAGAAGGGUUGGCUUCUAGGGAAGCUAUGGUAGUAGUCACUCAACCUGGGAGGCCAGCUCCCGGCCACAGGAUUCCUUUGUGAACCUCUCUCCAGUCAGUAUUCCAGUCUUGGUUCUAGGGUACCAUGGUGGGUGGAGUUGAAAAAUGUGGUUACCAGUGAUUUGGGGCCAUCCUACCCUUUUACAGUUAGCUAGAUAGUUGUAUCAGACUUCAAUGAGCCAGGCUCCUCCAGAACCUUCCCGUUGGCUGCUGCUGCCCAUCUGCAUUCCCAGAACAGAUGAAGAAGGAGAAGGCUCAUGUGGUGGCUCAGUGGCCCAGACAAACCAUCACGUGUUUCUGAAGCCCACCCCGUCCACCUCCUGGCCCCAGCUCACCAGGGCCUUCAGGACCAGAUCAGGUUGUCAGGAAGUUACAAGAAGAGGCAGCACUGUGAGGACAAACAUGGCAGUGAUGGAGGGAACCCAUCCAGGUCCUGGGAGACACUGAUGCCAGGGUUCCCAGUUGACCCUACAACAGAACUACAUGAGCCAAGAUCCUCCCAUGGAUUUGUUAGUUUCGUUCUUUAAAGGAUUUUAGGGAUAUCCACUAACAUAGUCAGUUAAAAGUAGUCUGUAAACAUCAGACCUGUGUCUAGAUGUAGUGGGGCACGCCUAUAGCCCCAGCACUAGGGAGGCUGAGGUAGGAGGAGCUUGAGUUGUAGGCCAGUCUGGGCUUACACAGUAAGACUGUGACUCAAAUAAAACAACCUAAAAGAAGAAUGAGAAAUCCAUUACUUGGCCCAUAUUUGGAACAAAGGAAAAAGAAGUCACUGGUCAACCUGGGGUGCUGGACCCCUUUUUCUACAGUGACCAGGAACCAGGUCCAGACUUGUAGAUGAUCAGUUGCAGUCUGGUGGCACAUCCCUCCUGCAUGUAGCUCUGUGGCCCUUUCCCUCACAUCCUAGCGAGCUAGGUCCUGAACUGGGACUUGUGGUGCUGUCAGGGUGAGAGCACAGAAGUUUUGAACCUAGUGUCUUUUGGAAUUCGUAAAGCUAAGUAAAUCAUGUUGAACUUGAAACCCUCCAUAUGUAGAACAGUUUCAAAGUGAUAAUAGUGAUUGCCACGGCCAGUAAGUUCCCUAACCUGUCCCUGUGCAGACUCCCUUGCAGGGUUUUACUAUGCUGAUCUAAGGUCUCCUUGAUUUCAUUUGCCCUAAGCUAAGAACUGGUGAGUCUCAGGAUCAGUCUGACUGUUCUUGUCCAAAUAUAAAUAUUAAAUAGAUACACACACUCCCCUAACUCCUAUACNGGCAGGCAAUGUAGAUGGUACUGUGGUGUGUUGCCAAGAGAGUGCUGGAAUCUGUGCAUGGAAGUUCAUCCUGUGCAGUGGGUACCACUUCUGACCUACAGAAAGNAGUCAGGAGAGACCCUGGGGGACCCAUCUACCAAGGCUGCUGGAGUGUAGAUUUCUGUUUGUGCCCAGUGAUGUCUUUCCUUGUCUUCCUUUUGACUGUAUUUUAAGAUUACUUUAGAUGAUUCUGUGCAAUGUUUAUGACCUUUCCUACCCUUCUAAUGUUCAGUUAACACAGCCAGUAUCCAAUGGGGAAAAACCAGGCUGGGUGAUGGUGGCAGAUGCCUUCAGUCCCAGCACUUGGGAAGCAGAGGCAGGUGGCUCACUGAGCCUGGUCUACAGAACUAGUUCCAGGACAGCCAGGACUACACACAAAGAAAUCCUGUCUUAAGAAAAAAACAAAAGAAAGAAACCAGUGCUUACUGUGGUUAGGCAACUUUUUUCCCAAGUUACUUGCUGGAUUUGUUCCUGAUUCAUAAAGCCAGUCUCUUCAGAUGUCAAGAUUUAAUAUCAGUCAGUACCCAUUGUCCUGCUGACCCAUGGUGUCUGUUACAGGUGAGCCUUGUUAAAGGAGGUGCCAGUGCUGCAGCUGGUCGUCUCCAGAGAGAGUGACAUAAUCAUUCAAGCUGCCCCUGGAGGGUGUGGGUGCUGUAGUACAGAGAACCGGUGGGCCGCGAGCAUCCUACUUUGGCCUUCAGUGCACCUUUUAUUGAGGGACAGUUGUGAACAGUGUAAACCCGUGACUGAUCUUAUUCUUUUUCCAGUAUUUUGAGCUGUGAACCCAUGUGUCCCAGCACUGGCUUGUUCCUUUUUAGUUUGAUUGAAUUAUCCUCCUAUGGAAGUGGCAAAAUCUAUGUCUUUACUGUCCUUACAAGCACAGUGUGUGUUACCACAUGCUGUGAGUGUGGGUUGUGGUGUGUGUCAGUGUGUGUACAUAUGUGUAUAUGUAUAUAUCACACAGCAGGCCUGUCAUGCCUCUGUUUGGUGGCAAAGCAACAAGUACAAUAAAAGUCAGCUCCAAAACA